AUGCCCACAACCACAACCACAACCACAACUACAACUACAACUACAACUACACCCACGCUGCACUACUCGUUUAGUCUCAGUACGUACCUCUCCAGCCAACCGCAGCCACCGACCACCACCACCUCAUCUCUUCCCAACCACAUACCACCACCACCAACCACACACCCAUAUACACCACCUACGCUACCACCACUCGACCUCACCACUUCUCAAUUCCAGUCCCAUUUGAUCCUUCCAGUCUUGUACAGUACUUUAGUAGUACUCUCCAUCUCUCUAAGCAAGGAUCCUAUUGUCGGUCUCGUAGGUCAUAUUCCGAAAGACAUGCUAGCCUUUUUCCUAGGCGGUAGUCUCCAAUUUCACGACGAGGAUUAA